AUGGUUCAGUCUCUCAAGAUCACCAUCGAGUUCGCGGACGAAACCGAAACCGAAAUCUUUGAUAGACUCAUGGAAUGCGUGCCUUCAGUAGGGCUUCAGGAUCUGCGGGUUCUCGGUUGCUCUGGAUUCAUGGAUGAGUCUCAUCACUCGCAGACUGCUUUCGAAUCGAUCUCCACUUGUGCCGAGUCGCUGGAGAAACUGCAGCUGGAAGAAUUCAAGUUUUCAGUAACGGCAUUUGGGCGGGAGUCCUGGUCUAGUUUCAGAGUACUCAGAGAAUUGGUUUUGGACGGGGUCUGCUUUGAUUUCAUUGGCGAGGAGGAAAUCGACCCUUUUGCUGGGUUCCCAGCGUUGAAGCAGUUGAGCCUGAGUUCUUGCUUCCGCCAUAUUCACCGGGAUGACGACCCUCUUGUUGAUACUGCCGUCUUGGGAGUAAACGGACACCAGUUGCUGACUCUGGAAAUAAACAAACCAAUUGGUUUCUCCGAGAUCACAGUUUCAGCUGCCAAGCUCACAUCAUUUACUUUUAAGUUCGAGAUUCUCGAUUCUUAUCCAAUAACAGAAGUCUCCUUGGACGCUCCAUCCUUAGAGCAUGCAGCUGUCAACUUGAAGGGAUACAAAGAUUCGACUGUUGACGAGAUUAAGGAAAACGUACAGAAUGGGUAUGCAGUGUUAAUCCAUGGUCUGCGUCGAGCGGAAUCUCUUAUCUUCAAAUUUGGUACCACCACGGCAUUCUGGAGUGCUUGUCAGCUGUUGAGAGGUCGACCUUCCCCUUUUCGAAGAUUGAAGUCCUUGACUUUGCGUCAUAAGGAAGACAGGGCCGUGAUAACUGAUCAUCAUCAGGAUGUGAUUGCUUACUUCUUCGGCAGGUCUGCUCCAAGAAUUUACUAUGGCGAUCGAGUUACUGAGGUGGGUCCAUCCGUCUAA